AUGAAAGCUUUUGUGACUGCUUUGGUUUUCGCAACACUCGUGUUGGCUUCUGACAUUCCUUCUCAUCUGUGCACUUUCGAGGAGAUAUUUGUGGAGGCGGACAACUACUAUGAUGCUGGAUACCAGUAUGGUUUGAAAACAAAGAACACCAUUCAGGAGAGAUAUCGUAUUGACACCGUCCUGCAGAACACUUUGAUUCCUUGGAGCCAGACCAAGGAGGGAAGAGCCGCUGUUGCUCGUGUCAUUUCUAUUCACGAUAAACGAUUCCCCGAUUACAUGAACGAGCUGCGCGGAAUGGCCGCUGGAGCCGAUGUCCCCUUCACUGUCGCUCUGAUGUACACGAUGGAAGAGGAGUUCAGCUACCUCGUUCCUGAAGCGCUUCGCUACAGCCUUGCUGAUCACUGUUCCGAUGUUUUGAUUAUGGAGGACGACCAGCUCGUUCUGGCGCACAACGAAGACGGCGUCGACGUCGAUCGCAACCGCACCUUCCUUCUGCACAUGAAGAUCACGCGAGACAACAUCGUUCUCUCCGACUUCACGGCGUACGUGUACGCGGGUCAGCUGGCGACGAGCGCGUUCGGCUUCAACCGCUUCGUCGCGUUCUCGAUGAACUACCUCAAGACGGAGACCGCCAACGUGGACGGCUGGGGCCGCAACUUCGUGACGCGCCGGCUGCUGGAGGCGAAGUCGCUGGACGAGGCGCUGGACGUGAUCAUCGACAAGAACUGCUUCGUGGGACACAACUACCAGCUGCUCUCUCUCGCGCAGCGCCGCGCGUACGACGUGGAGGUGGCUCCGUUCGGCGUGUACGGCGUGUUCACGCCGAUGGCGAAGCGAUCGCACUUCCACGCGAACAUGUUCAAUAUCGCCAUGGUCGACGACGUGGAGGACGCGUCUUCGCGCCAUCGCAUGAACCGGGCCGCGCAGCUCAUGCCCGCGAGAACGAAGAAGGAGGCCGUCGCGAUUCUCGGCGAUUUCGGUGAUCCCGACUUCCCGAUCUAUCAGAACGGAGGAUGCUCCACGCUCUACACGCUGCACACCGUGGUGUAUGACUGGGAGAAGAAGACCGCCACCAUUUAUGAGGGAAACCCCAUGCUGGGACAGGUCCGACUGCAGAUUAACCUUUAA